AUGGAGGUGACCACCGUGUCCCCAUCUCCCGCCUCACCCACCGAAGGGGACAAUCUCUGUGACAUAGAUGUCACCAGCGUGGCCAUACACAGUGUGACACUGCUCAUCAGCCUCUGUGGGCUGGCUGGGAAUGGGGCUGUGCUCUCCCUCCUCAGCCUGAAAGGACAUAACUCUGGCAUCUUUGAGCUGGCUUUUUUUGACUUCCUCCUCCUGCUCUUCACAGUCCCCUCUGUCCUCCUCUUCCUGGUGGAGGACAUGUCCUGCUCUCCAAUCGUGCCCCUGCCGUACUUGAGUUUUGUUUUCCAGCUCUCAGUGGUCUCCUACUACUGGGCGCUGUACCGGCUGACGCGCAUUGACAAUGUGCUGAAUAUUUUCAAGCUCUGCUGCCACUGCGAGUUUCCCGAGCGCCUGGUGUGGUUGGUGUUCAUUGUCAACUACUGGGCCGCUUUUGCUCUCUUCACUGCCAUUCCAGUGACAUACACAUGCCCAUCAAACCAGCAGGAGCACUGCAGGGCAGCUCUCAUCUCCGUGUACACCUUCAUCCUGCUCCUCUUUGCUGCACCCACGGUCAUUUUUCACACGAUCGACUUCACUAAGGCCAAGUGGGGCACCAAGAAACAGCAACCCCAGAGGCGCGACAUCAUUAUCUCCCUCAUUGUGCUCUUCAUUCUCCUUCUCAGCCUCUGCAAUUUCCUGCAGCAGCUCGGCUACACCGUUGUGUCUUCCCAGGUUGUUUUCCUGCUCAACUGCAUCCACAGCAGCAUCAAACCCUUCAUCUACUUCUUGGCAGGAGGUUUCCAGAGGCCCUGCUCCCUGAAAUCCCUCCGGCUCUCCCUCCAGAGGGCCUUUGAUGAGCAGGAAGAAGAAACUGCCCACAGCAAUGAGGACACCACGGACACAGUGAUCUGAGCCUGUUGAUCCCUUCCCCUGCUCUGCUGAAGGACCCUGCCAGAGUGGCUCAGGCUUUCCUUGAGCCACCUGAUCAAGAAAUACCCACAGGAUGCCCCUCCCUGUGGUGCUGUAUUCCUGCAGGAGAAGGCAGCAGGGGCAGUGCCUUGGGUGAUUUUUGAGCGAUGCUCUGCAGGGAGCUCAUUGGAGCAUGGAUUUGCUCCCAUGAGCCCAGGGCAGGUUUGGGCAACGAUUCUGGAGCUCUUCCCAGAAUGGGUGUUGUUUCUGACAAGCAGCCAGGAGCUUCACCAGCGCUGCCAGCACUGCCAGCAUUGCAGGGCCAGCAGCAGCACCAGCAGCCCUCUGCUGCUGGAGGGACAAUGACCCCUCAGGGAAGGGAGACAGCGAAUGGCAGAGACCUGACAGGAGAGGGAAGGAAGCUGAAGAAUGGGACACUCCCCUGGGAAGGAGUGUUUCUAUUUAGGGGUAAAUCAGGAGCCAUUCACAAAUAUUAUAAAUAUGUGAAAUUGGAGAUUGCCUCUCGCAAAUGUUGAACGGAUAUUAUGUGUGUUGUAAUGUUAAAAGAAGCUCUGUGAAGAUUUGGAGUGUUCCUAAUGUGAGUAUUGUGUUCGUGCUGAAAGCUGCAAUGCUGGUCUGGGACCACAGCGGGGAGUGGAAGGCAGAGGGAGGGCACAAGCUCCGGGAAGGCGGGAGGAAGGAGGAGCAGUGUGGGAAGGGUGGGAUAUGGAUGAGUGUGGGGUUGGCUCAGCAAGGGGAUCUAAGGGAUUGUUGCUGUUGUGGGUGGGCUGCGUCUGGCCGUGCCUCCGCCUGCAGCUGAGAGCCCAGCAGAGUUUUUUUUACCUUACUUUGUCCCUUGUUGUAAUUUAAUAAACUUCUUAAAUUUUUAAGAAGAUAGGCAUUGUUUCUCACAACAAUGAAAAAGACCACUUGAUUUGUGGGGGAAAAUAAUAAAAAUCAUUCUCAAUAACCCCGAGGCGUGGUGUAUCCCGGGAUUCUCCAAGCACUGACUCCCCAUCCACUCUGACCACAGCCAGGGGCCACAUCCCACUGCCUGCCCAGCAUCCAUCCAUGGAUGUGGCUACUGUGUCCCCAGCUUCCCCCUGUCCCACUGAAGGAGAUGAUCUGUGUGUGAUCGAUGUCACCACCGUGGCCAUACACACUGUGACACUGCUCAUCUCCCUCUGUC